CACCAUCAACCACGCGUCAUACGUACAUGUGUGCCAACCUCUCCCCAUGCUCGGUCUCGGUGUUCGGAACGCCAAGAUGUGCGAUGUUUCCCAUGGCACGACUAUAAGACGUUGCAGCUGGAACACUAAAAGCAAGGCGCCACAUCCUGGAUAAGCUUAUUUCUUGACCCCCAUUCCACACCACCAUACCACCACCACCUCACCCACCAUGCGCCCAAGUGCCACCGCCCUCCUCCAGGCCACCGCCGUGUCUGCGGUCGCAACGACAAACCAAACGCAGACAUCCAAUGUUGUCCCCUCGCUGUGGGAUGGCCAAUGCUAUUAUCCGACCGCCGACCCCGGCUUCCAGCUCGAGCCGUACCUCGGACGCUGGUAUCAAGUGGCUGGCACGCUGGCGCCCUUCACCGCCGGCUGCAAGUGCAUAUACGCGCAAUAUGCCUUGAAUACCGAUGGCACGGUGCAGGUUAACAACACAUGCGAAGCCCAGGGCCGCGCUGUGAACAUUCUGGGUGCCGCUUCGCCUGCGGAUCCCGCGUAUGGUGCACAGGGCGCGCUCAGGGUGCAAUUCCCCGGGCAGCCUGCCCCCGACUGUGCUGGUCCCAACUACAUCGUGCAGGACCUUGCCGAUGACAUUGCCAUUGUCCAGUCAAACAACUUUACGACCCUGUUCGUCCUGAGCAGGGAGCAGCACCUGGAGGAAGCCGUUCUGGAUGCUUGGAUUGAGCGCGCCGGGAUUCUGGGUUCAAGUCUUGAGGAGGUCGUCAAGACAGAUCAGACUGACUGCCAGUUUACAUGAAGUGUUUGGAUGUCGCUGGGCAUGCUCGAGGCAUGUGCUGGCACUAGCAAAGCGGAAUCUUGGAGGGCGCCGCGGUGCGUAUUGAAUGAAUACGAAUCGUGGAUAUUGCAUGGAGAACUGUGUGCGAACGGAGGGUGACGUGCAAAAUAUUCAAUCUCAUAAUUGAGUCGAAGACUGCUACGGCUUCGACGGCUCAACAGAUGAAAGAAAUGUUGUCUAAGCU